AAUUUCCUUUCAGAUAUUAAUGAAUUGAAUUUACCAAAAACAUGCACUACAGAGUUUCCUGACCCUGAUGAUCUACUUAAUUUUAAGUUGAUUAUUUGUCCGGAUGAGGGUUUUUAUCGGACAGGACGUUUCGUGUUUAGUUUCAAAGUGGGCCCCAAUUAUCCGCAUGAACCUCCGAAAGUAAAGUGUGAAACACAAGUAUAUCAUCCAAACAUAGACCAGCAGGGUAACGUCUGCUUAAAUAUACUCAGAGAAGAUUGGAAGCCUGUUCUGACUAUAAACAGCAUCGUUUAUGGUCUUCAGUAUCUGUUUUUAGAACCCAAUCCAGAAGAUCCUCUUAAUAAAGAGGCUGCAGACGUUUUGACCACCAAUCGUCGCUUGUUUGAACAGAAUGUUCAGAAAGCUAUGCGAGGUGGAUUCGUAGGUGGUACAUAUUUCGACCGAUGUUUGAAGUGAUUUGAGUUAGAAGAUAUCUAACACCAAACCAUGUUGUUAAUGUAAAAUUUCCGUUUGUGUAAAGAGACACUCGAGUGGUUUUUGCGUUGAGUUGAUUCAAAAUCCAAUAAUUCGUACGUAUAUAUGUUGGUAUGUUCUAUUAAUUUUUCUUUAUUUUUUUCUUCGCGUUUUAUUUUUCAUUUCGAUAUUAUUACUUACAACUAGGCAAAACAACUGGUAUUAAGUUUUUAUAUACUGCAAUUUUGCAUACAUUUUAAAUCGAAUGAUAAAGUAAUGAAAUUUGAGAUUAAAAAAUGGAAAUUUAAAUAGAGGAGGUAGUGUUAUCAAAUUUAAGCUCUUCAAGAUAUUUCUUAUGCUUUUUUAACGUUUAAAAUCCACACUAAAUCAUGUAAAACUAUUUUUGUUAAUUAUAUGAAUUGAACACGUCAA